UUAGAUGCACACUGACUGGAUAUAUUUUGAGCUGGAAAUAGGAGCAAGAGAAAGGGAACCAGUAGAAAGAAGCAGCCUUCAUUACUGGCAUGAAAGUUCCUGAAUCUGAACCAGUGUUGAAUGUCUUGCUGUAACAGAAUGGACGAAACUCAGAGGUCAUGGAAAUGCCAAAGAGGAAUCUUGGAAUGGUUUAUCCUGGUGUUUGCUUGGAAGGCAGUGUCUGGACAGAUCCACUAUUCUGUUCCCGAGGAGAUGCCCAGAGGCUCUUUUGUGGGGAAUAUUGCAAAUGACCUUGGAAUGGAUAGAAAGCAGGUUUCAGAUCAAGGACUCCGCAUUGUUUCUAGUAAAGGUAUGGUCCAGUAUUUUACUCUGAAUGUGAAUAGUGGGCAUUUACAGAUUUCUGAGAGAAUAGACAGAGAAAAGAUUUGUGGAGAGGCAGAGAAAUGCAUUAUUAAGUUCCAAGUUCUUGUUGAAAGUAAAUUAAAACUUUAUGGCAUCGAAGUGGAAAUCACAGAUAUAAAUGAUAAUGCUCCCCGAUUUCUUCGAAAGGAGUGGACAAUUAAAAUCAGUGAGACAUCGACACUCAAAGAACGAUUUCUUCUACCUAAAGCUGAAGAUCCAGAUCUGGGCAUAAAUUCUGUUCAAAGAUAUCAACUCCUAGGGAGUAGGCAUUUUUCUCUGGAAGUUAAGACAGGAGAAUAUGGUGAGAGAUAUGCUGAGCUGAUUCUGGAGGAAUCUCUGGACAGGGAGGAGCAAUCUGUUUAUGAUCUCAUCCUCACAGCAACUGAUGGCGGGGAUCCAGUGAAGACUGGCACAGCGGAAAUCCACAUCAUUGUUGUAGAUGCCAAUGACAACUCACCACUUUUUAGUCAACCACUUUAUGAGGUGAGUGCCAAGGAAAACAUUCCCAAAUGGUCCAUAAUAGCUACAGUAAGAGCUACUGAUUUAGAUGAAGGAAUCAAUGGAGAGGUGAAAUAUUCUUCUGUGGAAAUCACAGAGAAGAAUUCCAAAAUAUUUCUGUUAAACUCUACAACAGGAGAAAUUAUUCUUCUGGGAAACCUUGACUUUGAAGCAUCAUCCUUAUAUGAAUUUGAGGUGCAAGCCAUGGAUGGAGGUGGGCUGAGUGACCGGUCAAAAGUUAGGAUCACAGUUACAGACCUGAAUGACAAUGCACCUGAAUUAGCAACGACCUUCGUUGUCAGCUCUGUUCCCGAGGAUUCACCAACAGGAACUGUUCUUGCCAUUUUAAAUGUACAAGACCAAGAUUCGGGAGUCAAUGGGAAGGUUAAGUGUUCAAUUCCCAGCAACCUCCCUUUUCUACUGAAGAACACGAUGGAUGAUUUUUAUACUUUGGUGACAGACAGAGCCCUUGACAGGGAACAAGCAGCUUCCUACAGUGUUACCAUUACAGCAACAGAUGAGGGGAUUCCACCACUAUCUUCCUCUCAGGUUAUUUCUCUCCAGGUGUUAGACACAAAUGACAACGCUCCAGUCUUUAGCAAGGGAGCUUAUACCUCUUAUCUUGUAGAAAAUAAUCCAAGAGGAGCCUCAGUCUUUUCCCUCCAAGCAAGUGAUGCAGACUGGGAAGAGAAUGCCAGAAUCAGCUACUCCAUCAUUGACAAUCAGAUGGGUGACUCCUCUCUAUCCUCCUACCUCUCCAUUAACUCUGAGACUGGAGUCAUCUAUGCCUUGAGCUCUUUUGAUUAUGAAGAAAUCAGGGAGAUUAACUUCCAGGUGAAGGCCCAGGAUGGAGGCUCCCCACCCCUCAGCUCCAAUGUCUCUGUGACCCUCUUCAUCCUGGAUCAGAAUGACAAUGCGCCAGAAAUCCUGUACCCUUCCCCUCCCACCGAUGGUUCCACUGGGAUAGAGCUGGCUCCUCACUCCUCAGAGCCUGGUUACCUGGUCACUAAGGUAGUGGCCGUGGAUGCAGAUUCUGGCCAGAAUGCUUGGCUCUCUUACCAGUUGAUCAAGGCCACAGAACCCGGGCUGUUCACUGUGGGACUCCACACUGGAGAAGUCAGGACAGCUCGGUUCUUUCUGGAGAAGGACACCCUCAAGCAAAGCCUGGUGAUUUUGGUCAAGGACAAUGGGCAACCAUCUCUUUCCGCCUCAGUGACAGUGACUGUGGUGCUGGCUGACAACAUUCCUGAAAUCCUCUCAGACCUGAGCAGCAUCUCAUCCCCCAUAGAUCCCCCAUCAGAUCUCACCUUCCACUUGGUGGUUGCUGUAGCUUUUGUCUCCUGCCUGUUCUUUACCUUCCUUCUUGUUUUGCUGGCCCUGAAGUUGUACAGAUGGAGAAAUGCUCAGUUUCUUGAGUCUGGGAGUUUGAAUUUUAGUGGUGUUCCUGUGUCACAGUUUGUAGGAAUUGAUGGAGUCCGGGCCUUUCUUCACUCUUAUUGCCAUGAGGUUUCAUUGACCACUGAUUCCAGGAGGAGCCAGUUUCAUAUUUCCAAGGCAAAUUCUACAAACACUUUGAAAAAUCAACAAAGUGGUGAAGGAAAGGAUCCUAUCCUGUCUCGUGAUGAUUUAGAUAUGAAUAAUGGAGAUCUAGUCUUUGUUGAGGUGAGCAAACUAUUUUAGAUUCAAAUGAUUUACCUCUGA